GAAUUUCCCCAACUUGAAAUAUAUUGAUCUUAGCAAGUCACGUAAAUUGAUAAGUACCCCAGAUUUUACUGGUCUUCGAAAUCUUGAGAAGUUGUUUCUUCAGUAUUGUACGAAUUUGGUUGAGAAAUCUGUUGGAUAUUCCUGUUGAGAUUUGUAACUUGAAGUCUCUUGAAAGGCUGUAUGUCAACGGAAGUUCGAAAAUAGAAAAACUCCCGGGGAAAAUGGAGUUUUUAAAGGGACUUCAAAUGGGGGGAAACGCAAUAAGAGAGCCGCUUGUUGGUAUGAAAAAUCUCAAAACGCUGUGCAUUUAUGAAUCAGUUGGUAAGCCAAGGGACGAGUGGGGCCUUCUCCGCUUAUUUGGAAUUAGAAAGAGCCAUGAGCCUUGUUGGCGUUUGGUGUUGUCUUCUUUAAAUCAUUUGCGUUGUUUGGAGGAAAUACGACUAUGCAAUUGUGAUCUUGGUGAAGGUGAUAUCCCCCAUGAUAUUGGGGAUAACUUGUCCUCUUUACGAAUAUUAGAUCUUCGUGGAAACAAUUUUAUUACCCUUCCAGCAAGCAUCAAUUGCCUUUCUCGACUUGUGUCUCUUCGGUUGAAUGGGUGCCAAAGACUUGAGCAACUGCCAGAUCUUCCGUCAAAUAGCAAAUUACACGUAAUCGUAGAUAAUUGUACCUCCUUGAAAAGGUUGUCGGAUCCCUCGAAGUUGAGCAGCAGAUUUGCCAAUAUUUAUGAUUUUACUUUCAGUUCUCUGAAUUGCAUUACAUUGGUUGAAGAUGAAGACUGGAUGAAUACAAUAAGUUCAAGGAUCGUGAAAUUCGCCAGUAAGGGAAUCUGUCGUUCUUUGGGUCAUAAUUACAUUGUAUGCCCCGGAAAGGGGAUUCCCGAGUGGUUCAACAAUCAAACUGUGGGACAUUCGCUAAACGUGGAGCUACCUCCUCAAUCAUGUAGCAGCUGGAUGGGAAUUGCUUUUUGCGUUGUUUUUGCUAAGAAAAACUAUCCUUAUUAUAGUUUCGAAAUUAAGUGUUUGCCUGGGAUUUCAUGUUGCAUUUCUGCAACAGAGCAUAUGGUGUCAGAACACCUUUGGAUAUUUUAUUUGUCUCGAGAACAAUGUCAGGAACAGUUUUCAUUUGAAACAUGUUAUAUAGUUGAAGGAAAUGAACCAAAUAUGGUGAAAAUGUGUGGGGCUCGUUUGGUGUACAAGCAAGAUUUGGAAGAGCUUAACCAAACAUUGAAAAUCUUGAAACGAACGCAUGGAUAUUGUGAAGAGGCAGCUCCAAGUGAAAGUGGUAGUUUUGAUGACAAAGAACAAGCUCACAAAAGGCAGAAGGAAGAAUAAAAAUUGUUUGCUGCUUUAUUUAACCAUUCAAUGCAUCAGAGUCGUACUUGGAAAGCUAAACAUGGUGCCUUUUCUCAGAAUCCAUGCUAGAUGAGAAGUUUAUCAUACCGGGUAAAUUUCAGCUUGAUUAUUUUCAGAAUGAAACUUCAGCUGCAGAUGUUGCCUAGCGGAACUAUUUUAAACAUGGUUGGAACUUGUGCAGCUUGUUGCAUUUCGGAAUGAAGCUUACGUACUAGCUAGGUCAGUUUCACCACCCAUUGACCGGGUCUUGUGCUUUGCCGCAAUUCAAUGAUCGUGUUUGGACGUGGAAGAAUGGCCAUGGAAUGAAGAACGCAGUUGAGCUUGAGAUGUAUAGUCGGAGAUGCAAGUGGGCUAUAAACACCAGAUUUAACACUUGGAACACUGGCUUUCUCCUCGUCACCAUGCGGCUGCAAGUUUGAACAUUUAUGUUCCUAUUAAAACGCAUUGUAUUUGUAGCAUGUAUUUAAGUGUACAAAGUAGGUAUUGAUUACCAACUCUGAUUAAUUACUGGUUUCCAAUAGAAUGAUUAAUAGAAACAUAGAGAUUAUUUUUUUUAGCAUA